AUGAAUAAUUAUUUACAAGGGAUUGAUAAAAGAAAAGAAUGGAAAAAUUUUUAUGAACAUUCGAAUCCGAAACAUCCAGAAGACAUAGUGAAAAAUGUCUUAAUUGAACAAAUCGACAUAAUUUGUCCAGGAUUUAAAUAUCUUAUAGAUUUUGAUUGGGAAGCUGAAAGGGGUUAUUCGGAUAAAGGGAAAGGAGAUUUGAUUUUUGGAUCCGAUUACGGGGAAGUGGAAGAACUGCUCAAGUUUCUCGGCAUAAUUCUAGACGUAAGGUUAAAGAGCAAGCUAAUAGAUAUAGAGAAUUGGCUACUGGAAGAUUUGGCAUUAAAGCUAAAGUAA